UAUUGUCUUUUAAUUCAACUUUUAAGAUUUUUCUUCUUUCUUUAAAAUUACUCGUUCCUCCAUUUAUUCUUUCUUUAUCUUCAAAUCACUUCCAGAUUUCAACUACUCGUUCUCAGACUCUUCUUCAUCGCUCAACGAAACCUUCAAUUUCAUCAUCAAUGGCUUCCACAAAACCCUACCUCACCCUUUUCUCCCUCUUCUUCUUCAUCCUUUCCCUUUCAGCAACUCUCUGUUCCUCUGAAUCUCCUUCUACUCCUUCCGUCUUUGAUAUUCUCCCUCAAUUUGGUCUCCCUAAAGGUCUUUUGCCUGAUUGCGUCAAGGACUACAGUUUCUCUCCCGAUGAUGGCAGAUUCGUUGUUGACCUUGAGCAUACUUGCUAUAUUCAGUUUGAUUACUUGGUUUACUACGAAAAACGUAUCACUGGAACUCUAAAAGUUGGCUCUAUCACUGAUUUGAAAGGGAUUCAAGUCAAACGGUUUUUAAUAUGGUUUGAUGUUGAUGAAAUUAGGGUUGAUUUACCUCCUUCUGAUUCAAUUUACUUUCAGGUUGGUAUUAUUAAUAAGAAGCUCAGUGUUGAUCAGUUUCAAACCAUUCAUACUUGUCGCUCUGGACUUUCCACUUCGAGCGGCGACAUUCGUGCUUGGAAGCAGAUUUUUGAGCUUCCAGCUCCAGUCGACCAAGAAAUCUCAAUGCUGCUUACAGAGUAGAGGCAGUGCAUCACUUGACAGUGAUGAAUGAUGCAUAGCUGCGUAUUUUUUCUUCACUCCCCAUAGUAGUAAAGCAGACUCUGAGAUGGCCUUGCCGUAAAAUGGAUGUUUGGUCUCCGGACUGCUUAGAAUUUAGUAAUAUGUAAAUGACCUCAUAUUUUGAGGGUUUAAUACUUCCUACAAGUGUAAAACUCCUUUGGUAUUAGAAUCGGAGAACAUUAUGUAGUACUAUGUAGACUAUCCCACCGUAUGUGUGUAGAACUACAUGUGAUGGACUGAAUUUCUAUCUAGAAAUCUAUUUUCGGGUUUUCUACUA